GGAGGUUCCGUGGUAGAGACGUAGCGGGUGCCUGGGGGGCAUCGGCCUUGCAGUGUUUGUGGUGUUUGGUGGAAAUUCAGUGUUAACAGCGCCCGAGGGGACUGUACCCGAGGCUGUUCCCUUUAUGCUGGAAGCUCUGGCUUUGUCAGAGUGCUCAGCCGCCGGGAUUUUGUGGGCACACAGAGCCUGCUGACCCCGCGUUGUGUUUUCGCAGAAAGAAGGGAGCCCUUGUGUUAACAGAGCAGGGGCAGGGCAGCCUGUCACACCUCUGCCUGAUCGUAGCACCCCUUGGGAGAGCCAAAAUGAAUGAUAAGGAAAUCUGAAAGAAGAGCCUUGCACAUGAAGAGAUGACGUGUAAUGGCCCAGGUAACUCUGAGCCUCAUGCCACUCCAGGCACUGACUGUGACCAGGAUUGGGCCCAAGAACACCACCGACUAGGUAGCUUUGUUGAAUUUCCACUUGACUGUCCGGUUUCAGCAUCAGCUCUGGCACAAGCUGGCUUUAUUUAUAUUGGCAAAGGCGAUAAAGUGAAGUGCUUCAGUUGCCACGCAACUGUUGAAGGAUGGCAGCCUGGUGAUUCUGCAGUUGAGAGACACAAAAACCUUUCCCCAAACUGCAGAUUUAUUACUGAGUCUACUUUUUUGGAGAACAAUCUGCGUCCUCUUGCCCAGAACUACCAGCAUAGAGCUGAAAAGAACAGCAGCAAUUCAGCGCUCUCGCCUGCUCUGGAUGACUCACCUGAACUGGAGGCAGACUACCUGUUGAGAACUAGGCAGGUUGUGGAUAUGUCAGAUACUUUGUAUCCUAAAAACCCUGCUAUGUGCAGUGAAGAGGCAAGGUUAAAGUCCUUUUACAACUGGCCCUCCUAUGGCCUGUUGAUGCCAAAGGAAUUGGCUAGUGCUGGACUCUAUUACACGGGUGUUGGUGAUCAAGUGGCAUGUUUUUGUUGUGGUGGAAAACUGAAAAACUGGGAACCUAGUGACAGAGCAUGGUCAGAACACAAGAGGCACUACCCCAGAUGCUUUUUUGUCCUGGGCCGGGAUGUUGGAAAUAUUCCAAGUGAAUCUAUUCCUGCUGAGCUGGGAAGAAAUGGUCUAAAUGAUGAACAGCAUCCGAGGAAUCCAUCCAUGGCGGAAUAUGAAAGGCGGAUACAAACCUUUUUAAAUUGGAUAUACCCUGUUAACAAGGAACAACUUGCUGAAGCUGGGUUCUAUAGCAUAGGUAACGGUGAUCAUGUUGUGUGCUUCCACUGUGGUGGAGGAUUGCAGGAAUGGAAGGAAAAUGAAGACCCAUGGGAUCAACAUGCCAAAUGGUUUCCUGGGUGCAGGUUCGUGAGAGAGGAAAAGGGACUAGAAUUUAUAAAUAAUGUUCACUUAGGAGGUGGAUGUAGGGAUUCAACAAUAGAAGCUGCUGAAGUGACAGUACUUCCAAAAGAUGAUCACUUACAGAAUCAUUUGGUACAAAAUGCCAUACACAUGGGUUUCAGUUUGUCUGAGAUUAAGAGUAUUAUGCAAAAGAAAUUGCAGAUGUCUGGAGCAAGCUAUACAUCUGUUGAGGAUCUGGUAGCAGACUUAAUAAGUGCUCAAAAAGAAAAUCUAAAGGAAGAAACACCAAAUGAAAACCCACUUGAGCAAGAUCUCAGUAUGGAAGAGAAGUUAAGGCGCUUGCAGGAAGAAAAGCUUUGUAAAAUCUGUAUGGCUAAAGACAUAUCAGUAGUCCUCAUUCCCUGUGGCCACCUAGUUGCUUGUAAGGAAUGUGCUGAAGCAGUUAAUGUAUGUCCUUUGUGUUGUACAAAUAUUCUAAAAAGACAGAAAAUUUUUAUGUAUUAGCAUACAGUACUGUAGCUGCAACUGUUUCCUGCUUUAUAUUUCUUUAAAUAUGUAUAAUGUGAUAACAGACGGUUGGGUUUUCAGCAGUCUAGCGCACUUAUUUAUGGAGCAUCUCACUUUAGGGGUAAUGUAAACAAUAAAGCUUUAAUCAACACUCAGAAAUAGGAGUUGACCGUCAGAAGCUGCUAAUUUUUGUUUAAAACACUCAUGUUCAACUGCCUCUUCAUUGCACUACUUACUUUUUGUUUUUACUUCAGUCAAAGUUGUAACCUCAGAUAACUUCCUGCAUUUUCAGAUCUUCUAUUUGAGUGUUCACGUUUCUAUUAAUGUAACAAAUACAUGAGUUAAAUAUAUAUAUUCUUUCAUGAAAUGGAAUAGGAAAACUGAGUGUUCUGAUGGAGCAGUAGUGAUACUGCAUUUCCCCCCACUAACAGAUCAGCCAAGUCAUACAGAGUGAAAAAUAUAUAUUAUUAUUUUUUAUUUACUUAUUUGUAGUCUGUUUCUGCUAAUUGUCAUUUGUUUAGCUCUCAUGUAUCAAAAAUAGAGCUGGUUAACUUCUUGCAGAAUCAAGGAUAAAAACAGUCUCAUCAGAGGAAACAAAUUGCUUUAGAAUAGUUUUUAUAUUGUUACUUUGAAUAUUCAAAUGUCUGAAUUUAUUUUCUGGGGAUUACAAUACUUUCUGAUUCAUUAGAUGCUACCAUCUAUCUUAUCCCCUACUAAUCCAGUGUUACUGGUUUUUAAAAAAAAAAAAUCAGCUAAAAUAUCAUGUCUGCUAAUUUUAUUCUUGUCACUUCCUCAUCUAAAGAGUUAGAUUCCCAUAACAUCAGUAAGAACAGGUUUGCUAUACUGAAUUCUGACUUUUUUUUCUAGCUACAAUUGCCUCUGAAGGAUGUCUAUCUUCUUGUCAUUCGUGUUUACACUUCUAAGAGUCUGUAACCAGCCUCCAAAUAAUCAUUAACAGGCUAAAUAAACAUGCAACACAUAGAAAGAAAUAGCCCUGAAUAUUUCUGAUUUUCUUCUCUUUUCUUUCUUGACUGACAAGUUAGCAACACCCUCACAAUUAAUGGACCCUUUUGAAACUACUUUAAACUUUAAAGAUAUUGUAAUUGCCUCUGUAUAGCUAUGACUAAAAAAAGACAAGUUUUAACUCAUGUUAAUCAUGAUGUUAAUCAGAACAUUCAUUCCUAAGUUCAUUUUAUAUGCUACUUACAAACAUAAAAAUGUGCAAUUAAUCCCAGAAUGUAAUCAUAUGGUAGUAUUUAUAUUUUUCUGGUGACAAACUAUGUGUAUGUAAAUUUGUUAAAAUUAUUUUCUUAAUUGAUUUUUUUUUUCUGUAAACUCCAAUAUUGAAAGGUAAAUAAAUCUUCUGUAAGUUCAGUUCAUAGACCUAGCUUGGCAAACCCUAAGGAACACAAAGCUUUAUUUGUGUGUUCAUUCCUUCACUUCGUUUUGGUUUCCUAGGACUCUCUAACUGAAGUUUAUGCCAAUACAGUUGUAUGAAGAAUCAGGCACUUGAUAAAAAUUGGUGUAUACUAAUUUUUGAAAUUCAGAUAUUAUGUGUAUCAUCUCAGGUUUUAGCUUCUUGAAAACAACGUGUGAUUGAAAAUGUUGUCUUAUUUCUGUAAGUAUAGCUGUGACAUAAUUCAGAGACUGUAAACCAGCUGCUCAAAGAUUUCACCUUACGUUUGGUACUGCUACUCUCUAAGUUUGUCUGUUCUGACAAACAGUUCCUGACUCCCCAGGUAUUUUGACUGUUUUAACUGUAUAUAGGUGGUCUCAGUAAACUGCUUUUCGACUUGGUUUUUCUCAAAAAUUCCUCUGUAUACCAAGUUCAUUCCUUACAAGAGAACUCAACAGAAAUGAAGGAGAUUUUACAUACCUCAAGCCCUUCAUUAUGACAGGAGCUGUCUUACUGUAAAGUUUCCCCAUGCACACGAAGAUGUUCAAUGUUCUUGUUUAUCAUAUUUGUAACAUUUAGUGUUAUCCUAACUCUACUGCUGAUACUUUAAGUACAGCUGGCUUACAGUCACUCCAAUUCUGUGAUUUCCUUAUUUUGUGUAUGUACUAAUAUGUUCUGUAUACAUAUAAAUUUUAUCUUGGAGUUGUACACACUGAGUAAUAUAUUCAAUUAAUGGUACUUUAUACAGAAUAUAGUUUUUUAAAUAUGAUACAAGUUUUAAAUUUAAGACACAGAAACAUAAUGUCUCUAUUUUUUGUUAGAUAUUUGCUAUGAUUAUAUGAGAUUUCACAGAACUGACAUGUUGUUCUGGUGCAAUUUUGUGAAUAUUUUAAAUAAAGUGCAAUCCAGUUGUUCCCGGA